CACUCUAAGCAAACAACCACCAUACACAAACCUGCCACAUGCUGACUGCCUUCACAGCUUUACUGAACUUGGCGCACACUGCAGCUCUCCUAUUCUAGGAGGAGGAGGAAGAAAGCAACCGUGCACAUCUCUGUGGGAGAGCUCCAACCAAGACCUGCCUGCCCUCAGUCUUAGAGUGGCGCUGAUAUACAAACACAUUCACAGAGCCCAUUCACACACACACACACACACACACACACAUACACCACAAAGCGCACACAGACACACACACAGCCACACGCGCAGGAGCAAACAGUAUCUCUCCCUUUCUCUGUCGAGCUCACCCACCCUCCCUUCUACACACACUUACACACACACACACACACACACACAUAGACACACGCACACUACAGUAUAUCAGCUCACGACUAGAAGGGAGACGGAGGGGAGAGCAGAAAUGAAUGUGAAGAUCCUGACGCUGGUGAUUGUUCUGCUGCUUUCUCUGCUGUGUUCAGCCUGUGCUGGUCCAGUGACCUCCACCGAGCAUAGCAAGGAGCUGGAGGAGGUGGGUAGCAUGAAGACCCCUGUCCGUCAGAACCCUGCCCGAGCUGGCCGGAACCAAAGACCCUCUGGCUGGAGGAGGAGGCGUCCUCGACCCCGCCUGUCCCACAAGGGGCCCAUGCCAUUUUAGAUCAAGGCUCUACUUUGAGCGCCCACCCCUUUGGUUCUGAUUUCAAUGCUCUUCCUUUGUCUUAGGGAGGGCCCUGUAACAAGGGGUCUUUCCAGCCCAGCUUGAAGAGUGAUGUCCCAUAGCACCUGCUGGUUCUUCAAGAAACUCUUCUUCUGUCCACAAAAUACCAGGACAAGCCACUCACCCUCUAUGAAGAAUUUUGGGCCAGGAAUGGGGUGGGGUGGGGGGAUAGCGCUGAGCUAUCAGAUUCUAUCUCUGUCUGUCCAUCUCUCUCUGUCUGUCCUCCAGUGUUUUUCCUCAUUAGCUUUCUAAAGCCCUUUCAUUGCCACACUUUGCAUGAUGUGUGAGCACUGAGAAGCCUGGUCCAAAACAAUCUUCAUGCAAAAGUGUCAGUUUUUUCUUCGAGGUGUGCUAUCCCAUUCUCUGCUGUGUAAAGAUGCCCUUUGUUCCAGUGCUGUGUUGUGGCAAAUUCUGGUGUGAACAAAUGUGAUAUGGGAGGGAAGUGACAGUGACGUGAAGGUAAAGGCACUAUUGAAAACUUCACCACUUUUAUCCACUUCGAUCUUUUGACAAAGAUAACAAUGCUCAUUUCAUUUGAUCUUAUGUCUGAUAAACGUAGCUACAACAUGUUAUUUUUAUUUUAUUUGACUUAGCUACCACUGCUGAUCAUAUACUUACCUCUGAAUUGUGUUGCUUUACAUUAAACAUGUCAAAGUGUCAGGUAAACCACAAAUACAUAUAGUAUAUAAAUUGAUUGCAUUUCAUUUUUUUUUAUAGUUACACGACCUUCAUUCAGGAUUAUUGCUCCUUAAGGUUUUGCAAUCAAAAGUGUAUUAUGCAUUAUCCUAUAGACACCCAACAUCUGGAGGUUUAAGCCACAGUGUCCCCUUAUAGGACUGCACUACUCUACUGACCAUGUGUCAUGUCUGUCAUCCACCCCGACUCUUCAUCUCACCACAGCAGACAUACAUGACUGUUAACUGGCGGGGUCGCCCUGCCCUGCUCAGCAAACCACCUCUCCUUUAAUAAAGUGCCAAAUAGUAAAUCUAUUAUGCGAUGCUGCCAUGAGAAUAAAAAAAAAGAGACAAAUGAACGUUACCUCUUAUUUAAGUCUUGAAACACCUAAGCAUAUGUAUGUUUAACAUCAGAUGUUUUUUCUGAUAUCCAACUGAUAACAACAAUGGUAGCAAAUAAACAUAGUUUAAACGAAUCAGACCAAAAAAAAAAAUCUUUCAAAGCAGAAACUUCUUGAAAAUGCAGUAAUAGUCUGUUUUUCAUACCAACCAGUAGUGCUCUAUUCUCUGACUGCUGUGCUGAAGGCUGAAUUGUCCCCUAGGACAGAGAUAUUUGAUUGACACAAUAAUAUGCCUUUAUUUUACACCAUAGUGGAACUUAUUACUUUUUUAAUCUUUUGAUUUUGUCUGGUUUCAAUUUUUUUUUUUCUCAGGGUGCUGUAAGAGAAGCCUGUACUGGAAUUGUUUUAUUUUAUGUGCAUUUAUUUAAAGAAAUUGAUACAAAAACAUGCUUAAACAUGCACUGUUCAAAUACAGAGUACAACAUAUCUAUGUUAUAUCUAAAUGUUAUAUAUAUACACACAUAUAUAUAUAUAUAUUUCCCUGUGUAUGUAUUCACCAUUAUAACUAUGUAUUCAGUUUUUAUAAGCAUUAUCAUUCUCCCUGUUUUGGGAGCAGUUGCCUUUUAGCCUGAGCCUCUUCAUCACAGGUGGCCAUUGCUUUGAUUGCAGCGGCCAUUGCUAAUCUGUUUCAGAUGGGCCUCAUAGGGGGUUAGCUGGAGUCCGAGGCCCUUGGAGUCUGAGCUCAUUGACAAAUUGGCUUAGUUCGUGACCACACAUACCCUCUUCUUCUGAGGGUUUGUCAUAUCCAUGUAACACUCUAUAAUCUAAGAUAACCCACAGAGCAAACAUUGUUCCAUUAGCAUCAGACCCUCAUUUUUCCUGCAACUAUAAUUCAGAGACAGGAGGCUUUUACAAGACUGUUACCCAUAUACAUAAUUGUGUUGCUCAAAUAGCACGGCUGGUGUUUUUCUUAAAUCAGCAGCUAAUUCCCUCCCCCACUCUCCAAAUAAGCCAUUUCUCUACAUGGAAUUUAGAGAAAAAUCCUCCACCAUUAACGCCUUGCAGCAGGAACAACUCUCAUUGAGAGCGUGCCUAAGAACCCUAGCAGUAAAACACACAGCCCAAGCUCACCUUGAAGAAAAAUGGAUAUUAUCACUGGCUACUGCAAACACAAAUAUUUCCAGUCUCUAUUAUUAUUAUUAUUAUUAUUAUUAUUAUUAUUAUUAUUAUGUUUUUUAUACACUCUUAGACAGAGAUGUAGACAGAGAUGUUUCAUAAAUGCUCCUUCAAAAUAAGACAUGCUUGUCUCACACCUUAGCAGGGCAGAAUAUCUGAGUAGAUGAGUAACUUACCCAAGGUCUGUUGUGAUACAUUAAAUGGGAUGAAAGCAAAGAGACAGGGUUAAAAUCACUUGUUCCUUUUCCUAAAAGAGGUGCAGGACAAUUUCCGCAUCCACAAGGUUAUUCAUGAAUGUAUCUCGAACAUCUGCACCAGCUGAGCUACCCCAUUCACAGAAUGAAGUAAAGCAGUGUUUCAGCACAAUUCAAACCUUGUAUCUGUUUAAAGAAAAUAAUAAAAAUACCCCCAUCACUGCUAUAUAACACAAGCCCUUAGUGAUGGCUAUCUGCUGGCUCACAUGUCCAAAGACAAACCCAUCAUCAACAUCCAAAGCCUGGUAUAGAAGAUACCCCUAGCAGCUUUGCUACACCUUUUUGUAUGGGCAUGCAAGGCUGCACUUUUGCAAUUCCAUUAUGCUGCUGGAAAAAUAUCCUGAACACACUUUCUCUUGGCAUGUAAUAAUUUCCAGUGUAUUGUGACAAUUUUAUUGACUGACUCUCGUCUAGCUGGUUGUCCAAAGCUUACUUUUAAAUACAGUGUGGAAAGCUGUAUUUUAUAUGUGCGCGUGUGUGGUCAUAUUAUGGAAGAAAAAGAAAAAAAAAAGUACAGAAAAAGAAAAUUCCUCUACCACACAACAUGUUGUGGACACAUGAGAGCUUUCACACCUUUCUCUUCUGCCUGGUGCAGCCUGAGCCACCUAUCAACAUAUCAGGCUAAUGAAAUUUGUCAUGAAAAGAGAACAAAUGCAGCCAGACUUAAACAAUACUUUAUUGUUGGAGAAUUGUCUUUUUAGUUUACUUAAAAAGAACGCUCCACCUAGUUUCUCAUGUGUUUCUGCCCAGAUGCACUCCAUUGUUGACUUUCAAUAAUUGAGUAAUGUUCCUAUGCACUUCAGAGCAUGUUCCACUAGUUUGUUCACAAAGAUGCUGUUUAUGCUUAGAUCAUGUUUGCUAUAGAAAUGUGCAUAUGCCUGUCAUGGGAUGUGUAGAAAAGAAAGGAGUUGAGUGAAUGUUUGCAUGUGAAGAGAGCUGUGGCAAGUGAAAUGCAGACACUCUAGUCUCUAAGACGUGAGUUUCUAAUGGACAGAAGGAAACCUCAAAGACUGCAGGCAGUACUUAAUUAUUUUGCCUUGUCACAAAUGCAUUUUUCCACUUUCCUAUCAGCUGUCUCACACUUUACCAAGUGAGGCAAAAUAAAAUGACCGGCAAGCAACACAUUUGAUUGCUUGUUUUUGAUGAAUGCACCACUGCGCAUGUGCAAUGUAGAGUCUUAGGGAUCAAAUAGCCGAAAUUCAAUCCCACGUAUUCACACAUGUCCACUGGCUGAGCAAUCAACAGGAUAACUGCAUUUUGAAAUCCCGUGGGUGAGGGGCUGAGAAUAACUUGAUUUUCCCAAUAGCAUCUAAUGAAACUUCACACCCAGACUAAAGCAAGCAAGCUCCAUGUGAAUAUCUCUCUUCAGAAACAUGGCCAGUUUGUUCAGCACACCCAUACACAUAUAUAUAUAAAAUCUGAGGAUACCUGCAUAGUCCACAGCCAGCUAUGGCUUAUCAACAGUAUUACUAGGGCAUGUGGAAAACACAGCAAAAACAAGGUAUUAAAUCCUCAUCUUUCUUGUUCAUGGUGUGUGCUCUUAGAACUCACCAGGCCAAAUGUACAGUCUCUGUCUCUGUUUUGAUGUUAAACUGGGCAAAAAAGAAAAAAAAGAAAAAGAAAAAAGUAAUAAAUAAAUGAAUAAAUAAAGUGUAUCAGAAAUGGUUGAAAUACUGUGUACAUAUUUGAGCUUUUGGGUUCUAAUUUAUAAAAGAUAAGCUUUAGCUCUUGGAGUACUUAUUUUAUUUUAUUUUUUCUUUUCAUGCGUAGCUUUGUGUUUUUUAUUUUCUAUUUCUGUAAAGUGUGUAAAUAUAUCUUUAUGAUAAUAAGUAAUAUUAAAAAUAUUAUUUUAAG